AUUGCAGCUCCCGCCCAUAUUAUUUCACUGUAGAAACAGCAGCUCUGCAUGUUCUUUGUACUAACAGAGCUAGCUGGAAAUGGCAUCUUUCCAAGCUAAUCACGUUUAUUGGUGCAGGGACUGCCACCCAAUACGUGAAGGUUCAUCAGGUUGACCAAGCUGCAACUCACUGCCGCAGUAAUACAUGUCCUUGGACCAAAGGGCGUGUUAAUACGCUGUCUAGCCCUUCUCUAAUCAUUAUAGUGCUACCUCGCAUGACUAUCACAUUUCUUUUGGGAAAGCAGAAAAAACUAUACCCAUGAUGCUCACCACUUUGACGAAGCGAAGUAGUUAAUUCCUUCCUGCCAGUAUAUAGCUCACUCACACUCGCACCUCGUAACAAAGUCAUCACUCAUCACAUGACAUUGCUUGUGACUGCCAGCUUUGCACAGUGUUCAUCCCUCAUGGAAGAAGAGCGAGCACUGUCCCCGGUGUCCGAUGCCAGCACCACCUGCAGCAGCUCCGGCGGUACCGGCCCCAACUCCCCUAUCACUUCGUCGCAGUCUGUGGACGACACCUGCGGUGGCGCCGGCAGCUCGAGCAGCCGGAAGCGGCCGCGCCGGGAGCUGAAGCACCCGACGUACCGCGGCGUGCGCAUGCGUGCGUGGGGCAAGUGGGUGUCCGAGAUCCGUGAGCCCCGCAAGAAGUCGCGCAUCUGGCUGGGCACCUUCGACACCCCCGAGAUGGCGGCGCGCGCGCACGACGUCGCCGCGCUCGCCAUCAAGGGCCGCGCCGCGCACCUCAACUUCCCGGGGAUGUCCCACGAACUGCCCCGCGCCGCAUCGGCGGCGCCCGAGGACGUGCGCGCCGCGGCGGCGCUCGCGGCCGCGAUGGAGAUGGAGAGCGUGGCGCCGCCCACGCCGCCUGGCGAUUCUAGCCACAGCGCCCGCAAUGACGAGAACGAAGAGCCGGCCGCAUCGAGCUCAUCCGGCAACGACGCCGACAAUGCGCAGAGCGAAGAGCAGGCUGCGCCGUCGGAGCACUCGGUGCUGGCCGACGGGCACGUCCUUGAUCUCGCGCUCUUCGAGCUGCCGGACGUUCUACUCGAGUUCGGCUUCGCGCCGCCGCCGCCGUUGACGUCUUGUGCCUACGAUUUGUCCUGGGAUGAGCCGUUGCUGCUCUGGGAGCACUGACGAACAAGAGGGGGAUGGGGACGCGACAUGCAUGCCAUUGUGAAGUUAGAUAGGUGCUGAUGAUCCGCAUACUUUUACUAAUCAGCAUUGAAUCGUUCUGGUCCUGCGUCAUCGUGAUGCUAACUUACAGAUGUCUGAGUGCAACAUGGUAGCAAAUUCAUAGUUUAAUCGAUUCACAGAUUUGUAUAACAGCCCAAUAGACUUCCUCAGCUGUAAAUUUUCCAGCUUGUGAUCAAGAUUCCAGGACUCGGGACAUCUUUUUUU